ACGCUGGCCAUGGGGCUGAUGACGGGGAUGAUUGCCAGCAUGUACGAGACCAACGCUGUCCUGAUCGCCAUGGUCAUCACUGCCAUUGUGGCCAUCAUUGUCACCAUCUUCUGCUUCCAGACGAAGGUUGAUUUUACAUCAUGUCCAGGGCUCUUCUGUGUGCUGGGCAUUGUGGUCAUGGUGACCGGGAUCAUCACUGCCAUCGUCCUCUCCUUCAAAUAUGUCCCCUGGCUCCAUAUGCUGUAUGCGGGCAUCGGCGCCAUCGCUUUCACCCUGUUCCUUGCCUAUGACACCCAACUUGUGCUGGGGAACAGGAAGAACACGAUGAACCCCGAGGAAUACAUCUAUGGCGCUCUCACCAUCUACACAGACAUCGUCUACAUCUUCACCUUCAUCCUGCAGAUCGUGGGCCGUGAUUAG